GACCAGAGGUAGGCCUGAGAUCCUGGACUAAUCACUCCUCCAGGAGCUCAAUCCCUCCCGAGAGGUGGAGGAACAGGUUGAAGAACGGGACCUGACCUGAGAGCGGGACUGAUUAAGGAUCAGAUUUAGAUAUCUGUCUAUUUUGGAGCCAUUGUUGAAGUCAAGCUGAAGCACCCUCCUCUGGUCUUCAUCCUUCUAAGUUCUCCCAGGCUUGUAUUAGAGUGGAGAGGCAGCCAUGCUGGAGAAGAUGUCCAGACGUAAUCGCUCCCUGCUGUCCCUGUCCCUCACCUCACUGGCCCUCUCCCUGUCUGUCUUGGCUUUCUGCACCUCCUACUGGUGUGUGGGAACACACAAGGUGGUGAAGCCGCUCUGCCUGUCACCUGUAAAGAUGAAGAACUGCGCGAAGAACAACAGCCUAGACUUUGCCAUAGACUUCCCCACCCUGGACCCCAAGAGCUCGGCUUUCAACGUGACCCUGUCUCCGCUGCAGAGAGAAGAGCUGGCCAUUUUACAGAGGAAGCAGCUGGCCAACGCCGUCCACUACAUCUGGGAGACGGGCGAGGACAAGUACAUGCUGCGUUACUUCCAUACUGGUUUCUGGCUCUCCUGUGAGAAGCACAAUGAAGGUGAUGAUCAGGAAGAAAAAUGCCGCAGCUUCAUUGAGCUGACACCAGGAGAGACCCAAGGAGUCCUCUGGCUGUCCAUCAUCAGUGAGUUCCUGUACAUUGGUCUGCUGGCCACAGGUUUCCUGCUGCUGUAUCUGGAAGGGAUUUGCCACUCCAGGGAGAUGAAUGCCCUCAAGAUCAAUGCCUUUGCUGCCAUGUGCACAGUCCUCUCAGGUUUGAUGGGGAUGGUAGCUCAUAUGAUGUAUACCACAGUGUUUCAGAUGACUGUGAGCAUUGGGCCCAAAGACUGGAGGCCGCAGUCCUGGGACUAUGGAUGGUCCUUCGCCAUGGCAUGGCUGUCGUUCAGCUGCUGUAUGGCGGCUGCUGUGGCCACACUAAACUCCUACACCAAGACCAUCGUUGAGCUGAAGCACCGAGCCCGGGUGAAGCUGGAGGAGACUCGAGCUGCUGUUCAUGCCCCUUCCUAUGAGGAGGUCGUUCGAGCUGGUGGCAGUGGAGUUUACUCUGUCAGUCAGCUGAUUCAGCUCGGCCAGCAGGGAGUGCUCAUGGUCCCACUGUGGCCCAGAGGAGUGAGACCUCUGACAUGCAGUGUGGGCGGAGGGUUGCUUGUUGGUGGAGGAGGAAUUGAAGGGAUGGGAGCUGCUGAAGUUGGGAUGGGAAUGGGAGGAAAUGGAAUGGGGGGGGUUGGUGUAGGAGUAGGAGGAGGAGUCAGGGGAAUGGGUGGGGGAGCACUGGGAGCAAUGGGAGGUUUAGGAGGAGCUGGAGUAUAUGGAGGAAGGCAAGUGGAAUCUCAUGAUGUGGUGGUAAUGGAGGGAUGUGGCACUGAAGGAUGUGAAGACUGUGAAAGGGAGGUGGAUGAGAUAGAUUACACUUUGCAGCAGGAGAGAGAGGACUCACUUUGUUAA